CGGAGAUAGCUGACGAUGGCGGCUCUACUGUCGUGGGUGAACCUGGCGCUGUAUGCGCUGCAGCUCCUCGUGAACGGGCACUCGUCGCGCAGCAUCGGGCCCAUGUCGCGGCGCUACGAGACGCUCAUCACGCCCGCGCCCUACGCCUUCAGCAUCUGGGGCUUCAUCUACACGUUCCUGGCCGCGACGGUCGUGGUCGACUGCUUCUGGCCCGCGGCCUCCUUCUACUCGAGCGCCCCGAACGCCACCGUGCUGCGCGCGCUGUUCGCCGUCGCGUGCCUGAUGAACAUGGCCUGGAUCGUCUUCUUCACCAACGAGUACGUCAACGUGGCCACCGUCACGCUCGUGGUCCUGUGGCUCGCGCUCUUCGCGCUCUACGCGCACGUCGUGCAGGAGCGCCGCGACGCCGGCUUCGAGCUCAAGCGCUACGUGCUGAGUGAGCUGGGCGUGACCGUCUACUUCGCGUGGACCUGCGCCGCCACGCUCAUCAGCUUCGCCGUCACGGUGCAGUACGUGGCCAACGAUUACCUGUCGCUCACGGCCUACGUGUCGCUGCUGUCGCUGCUGGCGGUGGCCACGCUGUCCGCCGUCAUCUACGAGGGCGACGUCGCGUUCGGACUCGUGGCCAUCUGGGCGCUCGUGGGGCUUGCGGCCAAGACCACGACGCUGGAGCCGCGCGUCGAGCUCAUCGCCGUGAACAUCCGCGCCUGCGCCAUGCAGAGCGCCGCCAUCGUCGCCGCCUUCAUCGUCAUCGCCAUCGCGCACAAGCUGCUGGCGCCCAAGACGCAAUUCCAACCGCUGCAGUCGGGCGCGCCGCUGUUCACUGACAAGACUGCGCAGCACGUCGACUACGGGACCACCCACGCCUAAGAACCCUCUCUCCAUGCCCGCCCGCGGCGACACAUGCUGAAAUAAGGCUAGAUGAUGAAUAUCAAUUCCUCACAUUGAUGUUCUUG